AUGGGGGGAGAGGAAUCUGCAGAGCAUUUGUUCCUUUCGUGUAACUUUGGAUUUCACCUUUGGAGAUCGUCGCCCUGGGGGAUUUAUCAUGUUACUGGUUCUGGUAUUCGUGUCUGGGAUUGGGUCAAGUUCUUGUGGGGGCUCGAUUCUAAAGGCUUAAAUGUGGAGGAAGUCUUUAUUUAUGCGUCAGUUGUGGUGGAUACUAUAUGGCGUGCCAGGAAUGAUAAGAUCCACAAUAACAGCUCUCCUAACUUAGACAAUUGUAUUGACUCUACCCUUUGUGCUUUUGCUAAUUUGAAAGAUACUUUGUUACCCGAUGUGGUCCCGGUCCUGAGGGAAGGUUGGCGCCAUCCUCCCCAACAUUGGCUGAAGCUGAACUGUGAUGUAAGAGUUGGGUUGGGUAGUUCCUGUAUUGCUGAGGUUGCUAGAAACCAUUUGGGUGAGGUGGUCUGGGUCCAUUCAGCUAGAUUGGACUGCGCAGAUGCUCUUUGUGGUGAGGCGGCAUCUGUUUUCUUAGCCCUGGAAACCACAAAGCUCAACGAUCACAAGUUUGUCAUCGUGGAGAGUGACUCUAGAGUCGUGAUCAACUCUCUCAACCGCGUUUCGUCUUGUUGGGAGAUUGAGAACUACUCAAAUCGUUGUUUAGAGCUCUCUGGAUUUUUUGAUGGUUGCUUGUUUUCGUGUAUUCCUAGAUCUUGUAAUUUUAUUGCCCAUAAUGUGGCUAAGUGGGCCUUCACCCACAAUCAGUUUGGUUGCUUACCUAUUUCUUACAUUCCGAGAAACUUAUUGUGUAAUGACCACGAGGUCUAG